AUGGAAAUUUUAUUUUUAGGCAUGACAAUUGCUAUUUUAACUGUACUUGUUUUACUCUUACGAUUUUCAAUAGAAGAAUUUCUUCAAAAAGGUGAACGUUGGAAUAAUAAAUAUUGGAGUCGAUUCGUACGUUAUUUAAUUACAGGUAUAACUGUAUUAGUUGUUGCUGUACCUGAGGGUUUACCAUUAGCAGUAACAAUUUCAUUAGCUUAUGCAGUUAAAAAAAUGAUGAUAGAUAAUAAUUUAGUACGUCAUUUGGAUGCAUGUGAAACAAUGGGUAAUGCAACAGCAAUUUGUUCAGAUAAAACAGGAACAUUAACAACAAAUCGUAUGACUGUUGUACAAGUUUAUGUUGGUGAAAAACAUUGGAAAAAUGUUCAAGAUCCAGUUAAAGCUAAAGAAAUUACUGUACCAGCUAAAACUAGAGAAGUUAUACUUGAAGGAAUAUCUGUGAAUAGUAGUUAUGCAUCGAAAUUACUUCCUCCACCAGAAAAAGAAACAUUACCAAAACAAGUCGGUAAUAAAACGGAAUGUGGUCUAUUAGGUUUUGUUCUUGGUCUAGGUGGUAAUUAUGGUGAAAUACGUGAACAAUAUCCUGAAGAAAAAUUUGUUCAUGUUUAUACAUUUAAUUCUGUACGAAAAAAUAUGUCAACUGUUAUUCACCGACCAGAUUCAAUUAUACGAAUGUAUACAAAAGGUGCAUCUGAAAUUGUUUUAAAAAAAUGUAAAACAAUAUUAAAUCGUAAUGGUGAAGUUGUACCAUUUUCAACUGUUGAUUAUGAUCGUAUUAUUCAAACAGUUAUUGAACCAAUGGCAUGUGAUGGUUUACGUACAAUAUGUGUUGCAUAUCGAGAUUUUUCAGCAAAUAAUUUACCCGAUUGGGAUAAUGAAGCAAACGUUGUUGAUCAAUUAACAUGUAUUUGUAUAUGUGGUAUUGAAGAUCCUGUCCGAGCAGAAGUACCAGAUGCUAUCGCUAAAUGUCGAAGUGCUGGCAUAACAGUACGAAUGGUUACAGGUGAUAAUGUAAAUACUGCACGAUCAAUUGCGCUUAAAUGUGGAAUUAUAUCACCAAAUGAUAAUUUCUUAGUACUUGAAGGAAAAGAAUUUAAUCGACGUAUAAGAUCAACACCAGAUGGAGAGGUUGAACAAAGUUUAUUUGAUAAAAUUUGGCCACAAUUACGUGUAUUAGCUCGUUCAUCUCCACAAGAUAAAUAUGUACUUGUAAAAGGUAUAAUUGCAUCGAAAAAUAAUCCAACACGUGAAGUUGUUGCUGUAACGGGUGAUGGUACAAAUGAUGGACCUGCUUUGAAAAAAGCUGACGUCGGUUUUGCUAUGGGUAUACAAGGUACUGAUGUCGCAAAAGAAGCUUCAGAUAUCAUACUCGUUGAUGAUAAUUUUAAUUCAAUUGUCAAAGCAGUUAUGUGGGGACGUAAUGUUUAUGAUUCAAUUGCCAAAUUUCUUCAAUUUCAAUUAACUGUUAAUGUUGUUGCUGUAUUUUGUGCUUUUAUUGGCGCAUGUAUUGUCAAAGAAUCUCCUUUACGUGCUGUACAAAUGUUAUGGGUUAAUUUAAUUAUGGAUACAUUAGCAUCAUUAGCACUUGCAACAGAAGUUCCAACAGAAGAAUUAUUAACACGUAAACCAUACGGACGAACACGACCAUUAAUAUCUCGACAAAUGAUGAAAAAUAUUCUUGGUCAUGCUGUUUAUCAAUUAGCUGUUAUGCUUUUUAUUUUAUUU